UUCAGAACUUUUAAAAAUGUGCCAAAAUGUACAAAUGGCAACAAUAUUUCAAACCAAAUUUGUUGCGGAUGAAAAAGAGCUAAUUAAAAGAAGUAGGAAAAUGAUGCUGGAACAUCAACUGAAGGUAAACAAAUUAUGGUGCAACCGGGAAGAUGAACUAAACUUACAGAAGCAGCAGUUGCUUGUUGAAUCUCUGAAAGAGAAAUUAGGGAAAGAGAUAGAAGCCAGAGAAGACACAGAUGCUGUACUAAGUGGGCUGGCAGUAAAACAAAAGGAAGAACAAUGUGAUGCACUGAAAGAAGCAGUAGAGAAAAAAGUAAUAGAAAGUCAAGAGAUCAAAAGUCAAGUGGAAAAACUGAAAAAAGAACUCCAACAACUUGAACUCUCAAUAAGUGUUUUACAUAAACGUAACAAAGCCCAGUUAAUAAGACUGAAGAAGCAAUUCAAUGUAAUGAAGAGCCAGAAUGCAAACCUGAAAGAACAAGAAUCUCUGUUAAACAAACAGAUUAUUGAUAUGCAACAAGAGGUGUAUGUGAAGAAAGAGAGCCUUAACAUGUAAUAUAUAGGAAGAUGGUUGAGAAAAUUUAGACACAGACAUGGCUGUAUGGUUAAGAAGUUUUCUGCAGACCAAGUGGUUUGGGGCUUUGUCCCACCUUCUGUGUUAAGCUUCAGGUAAACAAUACUUUGUGAGUGAAAUUUGGUACAUGAAAACUGUACAGAAGCCUGCCAUAUAAUAAUAACAACAACAACAACAACAACAAUAAUAAUAAUAAUAAUAAUAAUAAUAAUAAUAAUAAAUGCCCCAAUGUAGUACCAUGUAGUGACUGUCAUGGCCUCUGAUCUUAACUAAUUGGAAGUGUUAUCAUGUACAUUGUUUUGUCUUGGUAUAAAAGAUGGGAUACAGCAAAUAUUCUGCUCAAUACCACAGAUUUGCCUGUCAGUUGCUUGACCUUCAUUAGUUGAGCAUGGUGGUUGACGAUAUGUGCAUCUCUGAUCACGAGCAGAAGUAGUGGGGGAGCAUCAUAGCCAUGUGCUGAGAGGAGUUCUUUGGGGUUUGAAUAAUUCACCUCUGGAAACAUGGGUGUUUCAUUCAUCAUCCUUAAACAAACCUUAUUCAGGGACCUUUUGAGCAGGAUGGGCUACUCGACCUGAAGAAAAUUCUAACUGGGCUCCACCUGCAAGGUCACGUGCUGUUUAUCUUGAUAUGAGAUCACCAUGUUGCGCACAUAUGAUUGUGAUGUAUGUGCCUGGUGUGCCCUUAUGAUGGGUAUACUGGGAUUCGUAUAUUCAUACCCCAGUGUCACUUUGAUGGCAUGCACUGCUCUCUCACUCAAUAAUAAUAAUAAUAAUAAUAAUAAUAAUAAUGAUUUCUUUUAUUAGCCACAAGGGCCCAGGACAUGGAGGACAAUAUCAAAGGACGAGUUACAGCACAAAAAAAUUAUAAAAACAUGUGGGGUUAACAUCAAUCAAGGGGAAAUACUACCACGUUAAAGGAUGUAACAGAGGAUAUAUAAUACAAAGUAGAGAAAUAAAUAAUAAAUAAAUAAAUAAAUAGGGUCAUCUGGGGUAAACCCCACACAAAAAUACCGGAUUAUUCUGCCAUCUCUAAGGCAUGGGAAAAUGCCCUCUCCCAAUUUCUUUCCUUCUGCUUAGAAAAGAAUAUUCAGAGUAGAUCCAUUCAGUCUCACCAUUCAGUCUUACCUUUUGAUAAACACACUUGAAUGUAGCACCUCCCUUUCUACCCUCACUUUCCUCUUCAAAUGAUAUUUGAAGAAAUCGAUAUGGGCUUGACCAGAUGAGAAUACGCCAGUCUUCAAACCUUUCAGACAGGUCCACUACACAGCUUCUUUUGCCACAGCCACUAAGCAGAGAAAGAUCUACUUGAGGUUAAGAGCACAGGCUACUAACUCCAAGAUUGAAAGUUCAAUUCCAGGCAGUGCUUUGAAUAAAUAAUAAUAAUAAUAAUAAUAAUAAUAAUAAUAAUAAUAAUAAUAACAAUAAUAACAAUACCAUCAGCGUAAAAAGUACUUUAGGAAUGAGAACCCAGGGUUAAGUUCAAAAUUCUACCAGGACACCUGAAUAAGGCUGGUGAGUAAAUCAGCUGAAAUGUUGUGGUAACAACAAACAAGAUGAGGACACACGUCUGUCCAAUGUAAAUAAUGUACAGGAUUCCUCAUCUCUAAAAUAUAGAACAAUAUAUAUAUAUAUAUAUGUGUGUGUGUGUGUGUGUGUGUGUGUGUGUGUGUAUGUGUGUGUGUACAUAAAUAUAUAUAUAAUAUUGGUUUCAUACUCGGUCAUAAUGUCUUACGUUUAAGAUGAUUCCCAUGCAUUCUCUGAAGAGAAGGUUACAAUUUUAACAUCACAGAUCCCUAUGGAUCACAUAGGUUGUAAUCCUUUGAAACAUAUGUAGGAAUAAAGUAUGCAAUUAUAACAUGCGUUUUCUCCAUUCCUUAAAUUUUUAAAUAUACUCAAAUACCCAAAAUUUCAAGGAGUUUCUGCCUCAAAAACAGGAACUACACCACAGUUAUUUUGUGUUCUUUGCUACCUUGGUUUCUAUUAACCCAUUUAUUCUAUCUGAAGAA